AUGUCAUUUAUGCAAGAAAUGGAAACAACUCCGAUGGAAGCUCGACAAAUUUAUUUAAGCCAAAAAGAAGUAAUGAAGAAAAUAGCUGAAUUUUCAGGAGAAGCUGAUGAAAUUGAUAUUGAUGAAUGGAUUUUUGAUUUAAAUAAUUUAUUUUCAUUAAUGAAAUUAAAAGAUGAAAUAAAAGUUUUCGAAACAAUGGGCAAAUUAACAGGACCAGCAUUACGAUGGUAUCAAGAAAAUUUAAGAUCAUUCAUUACUUGGAAUGAUGCUGAAAAAGCACUACGUGAUCGAUUCAAAGAAUUUACAUCCAACAGUCAAUUAAUGCAAGAAUUUUUUAACAUUCAUCAAGAAGAGAACCAAUCCGUUAUAUCAUUUUAUGAAAAUGUAAUUCGGAAAUAUAGAAAAUCUCGACAAUUUAUUACUGAACAACAAGUUAUCACAGUAUUACAAAAUGGUGUUAAAAAUUCAUUAAAAGAAUAUUUAAUUCGUAAUGAAAAAGAAAUUAAAAAACCAGAAGAAUGGUUGCAAUUAGCAAAAGAAGAAGAAUAUAUACAAAAACGAAUUCAACAACAACGUAAUGGUUCAUAUUCUGGAACAAAAAAUAAAACAUUUUUUGAACAUAUAUUACCAACUGCAACAGUUCAACCAACACCAUCGAAUUUUCAAUUGCCGAGUCAACAGCCCUCUACAUCACGUCAUUACUACAAACAACAACAUCAACAGCUACCAUCAUUAACAAACAAUCGGACACAUUCAAAACCAAAUAAGUUUACAAAUCGUCAACAACAUCGAGAAAAUUAUCCAGAAAAUAAAAUUCAAAAAUCCAAUCCAUGUUUAAUUUGCAACAAAAACAAGCAUGCAACAAUAAAAUGUUUUUAUAAGAAAAACAACGGCUGUUUUAAAUGUGGACAAUCAAAUCAUCAAAUACGUGAUUGUCCUCAACAACAUUUUUUCGAAUAA